GAGAAGGAGGAGCACGAGCGUGCGGUGCCUGGUGUGGCGGAGCAGGAGCACCGCGAGGAGAAGAAAGCCCACCACUGCAACACCUGCCAGAGGUGUGUCACAGGUUUCGACCACCACUGCGGCGUGUUCGGGCGAUGCAUUGUGCUAGGAAACAUGCCGUGCUUCAUGUACGUCAUUGGCAUGCUAUUCGCCGGCAUGGUCACCCUGAUGGUGUCGGUGGCCUCCGGCGGCAGCGGAUCCAGCCUUCGCUGA